AUGUAUGCAACCAUCCACGGUAAACCUGAGACACCACCUGUUGUCCCGCCACCUACUCGACCACCUAUCGUGACCGCGGACAUCAUUUCGAGCUUGACCAACGAACAUCAAGGUAGAUGUUCAGACUCGGAUGAUGAAGACGGGGAUUGGCGUGAUAGCACGGACUAUGUGGGUUUAGCUGGCAUGAAAAGCACGGAGUUCAAUACCACCCUGUACAGCCAACAGCUGCUCGUGGAGCCGGUCAACCAGAGCGGGAUCCCUAAUUCCCUGAACCCUACUGCGCUCAUAGUAAUGAAUGUUGCAGUAUGCAUUGUGCCAUUGUGA